AUGAAGAAAUUUUCAACUUCCUAUACGCCCGAAAGAGAUCUGAGUAUUGAUGAAAGUUUGAUGCUCUUCAAGGGCAGGCUAUCGUGGGUACAAUACAUACCAUUGAAAAGAGCUCGUUUUGGUGUAAAACUGUUUGUACUUGCUGAAGCAGAGUCAGGAUACAUUCAUAAUACAAUUGUAUGCACAGGGAAGAGUACAAUCUUUGAUCAAAAGUAUGAAAACUAUGGAGUCGCUACAAAAUCAGUGAUGACACUUGUGGAACCUUUUUUGGGAAAAGGUUAUUAUGUAAUUGCAGACAAUUUUUAUCUUUCACCAGAAUUGGCUGACUUUCUAAUCAAAAAUAUCACUGACAUAUAUAGAACUCUUCGUCCUAAUCGACGUAAUUUGCCGGAAGACUUCAAGAAUGUUACUUUGAAGAAAGGUGAAAUUGCCGCUUUCCAAAGAGGCAAAAUUACCGUAAUGAAAUGGCGGGAUAAAAAAUAUGUAUCAUUUCUUAGUUCUAUCCACACAGCAAACUGCUCUGAAACGGCUAAAAAAGUUAUAAAACCGGCUGUCGUCAUUGAUUAUAACUGGAAAAUAGGUGGAGUAGAUAGAGCGGAUCAGGCUUUAGUUUGCUAUCUAACAACUCAAAAAAGACAGAAGAGAUAUUAUGUGACAAUAUUUCGCCAUCUGUUAGACAUGGCUAUUUGA